UUUUGCUACCUCGCCUCAAAUCUAAUUCCUCAAAUCAAUGGCCAAAACCUUCUUCACAAAUAAGAUAAAUUUCUUCUAUGUUUACCAUGAAGAACAUGUAUGAAGUUUAAACUGUAUGGAGGUGGAGGAUAACAAGAAUGAAGGCAUCUCUGUGAUCUCAGAACAUGGCACUAUAGAAGUGACUGAAGUACAAUCUCUCCAUGAUCAUAACAUUCGUAAUCAGACCAUAAUUAUUGAUGAGCAUGAAAAGCAAGAAGCUGAUGGUGAAUCCGAUUUAAAGUCUACAACUUUGGACCAUGUUUCUGAGGAAAAUCUUCAUGUAUCCACAUCAACCAUGCAAGCCUAUACUGCACCUAUCAUGGUUGAGUCAGACCUUGCAUCAUCUGUAUGUCCUGUGGAGCCAAUGGAUCAAUCAUCACACAGUUUACCACGACUUGCUAUAGCACCAUUACCUGAAGGUUCCCAGAAUGAAAUACAGUCAGAAUUUGAUGAUAUUAACCAAGCAUGGUUUACAACAAAAGAAGAUAAAGAUAGUCUACAGGGGAAAGGGGUGAAAUGGCGACAAGGAAUGUGGUCUAAAGAAGAAAGUGAACUUCUACACAGUAAUAUCAUGCAAUAUUGUAAGAGCCGUGGUAUCUCCGAUCCUCGUGAAGUUGUAUUUAAACAGAGUAAAGAAGAAAGGAAAACAUUUUAUAGAACAAUCGCCAAAGGAAUCCAUCGCCCAUUAUUCGCCAUCUAUCGCCGCGUUUUAAGAACGUAUGAGACUGGGAACUAUAAUGGCAAAUACACUCCUGACGAGGUGGUAAAGUUGAAGGAAUUGAAAAGAAAACAUGGCAAUGACUGGACCGCCAUUGGACUAGCUUUGGGACGAAGUGCUUCCUCAGUGAAGGAUCGUUGUCGCUUACUCAAUGAAAAAUGUUCUACAGGUAAAUGGUCCCAAGAUGAAGAAGAUCGUUUAUCUGAAGCGGUCCACGAGGUGACGUCAACAGUUUCUGGGGAGAGUAUUACUAGUGGUAUAUUGUGGACUGAUGUCGCGAGAAGAGUGGGGACGAGAUCGGAAAAACAAUGUCGAUCCAAAUGGCUGAAUUACCUCAACUGGAAAGAAUGUGGUGGAAAAGAAUGGAAUAAAACAGAUGAAAUAGAUCUUAUUAAAAAAAUUUACAAUUUAGGAGUUCAAAACGAAAGUGAAAUUGAUUGGUCAGGAUUAGCCGAUGGUUGGGCAAGUGCCAGAUCACCCCAAUGGCUACGCAGUAAAUGGUGGACAAUUAAGAAACAUGUCCCUCAAUAUUUGUCAUUCCCAGACAUAAUAUCAUACCUUCACUCGCAAUAUGCAAAAAGUCUCAAGCAUCGUCUAUGCAGACAUGACACAAGGUAUUUACAACUUCCCAAUGCUGAACCACCGCUGGCGUUAAACACCACUGGCUUACCUCUUUCGCCGCUGACCACAUGUGCUACGGUCUCGACAAGUGUGGGACAUGCUAUAACAGUGGACGGAGAAAUAUACAUUGCUCGAGGGGAUGGCAAGGGAUCAGAUGGUAUCAACACGUAUGAAAUGGUACAUUUACGUCCACUUCCAAACACCGACCCAUCACAACCAACGUCUUAUAUCAUUGAGCCGGUGCAAUGCGCUGCUGUUACCACGUCCGCUACCUCAUAUCUUCUGCACCAGACCUCUCAGGAUCAAGGCACGAAGUUAGUUAAGGUUCCUUCAAGUUCUGAGACAAUAAAUACCCACGAUGAUGGGAACCCACAGCAAAAUAACAGGCAGGAAAAUAGAAUUAUUACGCAACCAGUCAUCGUUUCACCACUGCCAUCAAAUCAGAUACAGCUGGGUGCAGAUUCAUUGCGCAAAGAUAUUGAGAACGCAGCAGCAGAAAUCAUGUCAACGCCUACUGAAGUCAGAUUACCUGCAGGCAAGGUGACUGAUUCAUACGUUGAAAAUGGGGCCACUGAUAUCUUACAACAGGAUCAACAACUGGAGUGUGUUUCUGAAGAAGAGAUCUCGACCACAGUUAACACAGAAAGUAAAUCCAGCAGAGAAAUCCAAAGUGCUUCUGAACGGCACAAUGGAGACCGAGAGCCGUCCCAUAAUGCACUUGGACACGAUAAUAGCUCGCCUGAGGAACUUGUGUCUCCUUCUAUGACCCAGUCUCUUGACAUCAAUUUUUCUACAACGAACAACACUAUUUAUUCCCAUUCACUCGUUCCAGGCUUAGUGACGAAAAACCUCCCGGCAGGGAUGAUAACGAAUGAGGUAAUGAUAACGCAGCCCUCACUUCCAGAAGAAAUUCUGCAAACACAAAGUGAUGAAGCUGCGUUUUUAACAGAUUCAGACAUAGUGGUGUCCAGUCCGCUGGAAGAGGUGACUGUUACAAGUAAUGUCAGCGGUAUAUCCUCUGAAAGUUUAAUUAUAGAGAAUGAAAUGACAUAUUUUAAAUAAUGAUGUAGAAAAGAGUAAUUUAAUGGCUUACUUGGCUUACAUAAAGUAUAAUGGCGCACUGGCGCUCCAUUCUGUAGACAAGAAUUAAUAUGGGAAAUAAAAUCAGAGAUACAUGCACACGGAAGA